AUGUUUUACGAAUACGACGCAGCCAUGGAGCAAGCUAUUGCCCGGUCUCGCCGCUACGGUCAAGAAAAGAAGGUACACAUCUACCAUUUUGCUGCGCUGCGCACUGUUGAUGUCGAUGUCCUUGAACAUCGACACAAGCGUAAAACAGGAAUCACUGAUGCGAUGGCGCCUAUGCCAUUGCCCUCUGCUCCGCUUGAGAAAAGGGAAAGGACGAGGCUGGUAAAAAAUGACAAGGGCGAAAUGGCGCUGGUGCCUGUGUCGUGGUUAAAAGAUGAAAGCACGAGGAACAAGAUGGGUAUCGUUGAGAACCCGGAAACUUUCAGUUCUCUGAUCAACUUCUCGGAGACGUUUGAGAAUGAGGCGCAAGGUUGA